UCAAUUGCUUUGUCUAUGUUUCUCAUAUCUUUUUCGUUGCAAUCAAAAGCCUUGUUUUGGUGGAUUUGGUCUUAAAACUCAAAUCUUUGGUACGUGGACGCCGUGGACCCAGACAACAACCCUCUCAAGUAAGGGAUAAAGUGGUACAGCAACAAGUGGGUAUAUUGCAAGAGAUAAAGAUCAGGAGGACACAAAUUAGAAACACAUCGGACCAGAAAGAAAGAAAGAAAAAACAGAGGAGCAAGACCUCGAAAUCAAUCUGAAUCAGAUGGCGACACCGGUUAAAGUGUACGGGCCACCGAUAUCCACCGCUGUGUCCAGAGUGUUGGCCUGUCUCCUUGAGAAAGAAGUGCCCUAUCAGCUCGUUCCAGUCAACAUGGCCAAAGGCGAGCACAAGAAGCCUGAAUACCUCAAGAUCCAGCCAUUUGGACAAGUGCCGGCUUUUGAAGACGAAGGCUUCACCCUUUUCGAAUCUAGGUCGAUAUGCCGAUACAUAUGUGAGAAGUAUGCAAAGCAGGGAAAUAAGGGCUUGUAUGGGGAGAACCCAUUGGCAAAGGCCUCCAUAGAUCAGUGGCUAGAAGCCGAAGGUCAAAGCUUCAACCCUCCAAGCUCAGUUCUGGUGUUUCAGCUCGCAUUCGCACCGAGAAUGAAGCUGAAGCAGGAUCAAACGGCAAUCAGGCAGAACGAAGAGAAGCUGAAGAAGGUGCUGGACGUGUACGAAGAGAGGCUGAGGGAGAGCCAGUUCUUGGCCGGCGAUGCGUUCACUCUAGCUGACCUUUCUCACUUACCCAACACACACUACUUGAUCAAUGCCACCGAUAUGGGAGAGCUGUUUACAGAAAGAGACAAUGUGGGCAGGUGGUGGUCGGAGAUAUCAAGCCGAGAGUCGUGGAAGAAGGUGGUCGAAAUGCAGAAGCCUGCUUGAGAUCAGUCCUCACCACCUAGCUCCAUUUUAUUCUGAUUUGCGCUUCCUUUUCAAAUUGCAAUCCUUAAUAGAAACUUGACUGCUUGAAUAAUUAGUGUUCUUCCAGCCGGAAACCCUGUUAGAUUCCGCUGGAUUUGGUCGGAGUGUUUCUACCUUUCUUGGUUGUGUACUCUUUUACUAUAUAUAUCAAUAAAAUCUUAAUCCAUCCAACUGAAAAAGGGUU